AUGUGGUCCAAAAUCGUCAAAAUCUUCUGCCCUGCUGCCGCUAAUGCGGGUGACAACGCCGUGGGAAUUAUUGUUCUGCAAAUCCUUCGCCUUUGCACCGUCAUCACUCUCGCCACAAUGGGUGUAGCGUACUGGGUUUUCAUCCUCAACGUGGACAAAUCGCGUACCUACUUUGUGUUUGAGUGCGCCUCACUCUGCUGCAACUCCAUCAUCUGCCUCAUCCUCCUUUUUUCCGAGUUCCCCGUGUUCAAAGCAGUCAAACGCUACUUCGUAUCAUCUUGGCCAGUGCUGUCCGACGUGCACGGCGUAGCAUGGCUGGGAAGUAUUAUGCUCCUGCUGGGGUGCAAUAUCUUCGGUAACCUCAACACGCCGGCCAUGGAUAGCGAGAAAGUCGCGGCCCCCUUUCUCAAGCUUACCCUUGCGGCUGGGGUUCUUGCCUUUAUCUUUGGCGUAACGAACAUUGUGUGCUCCUUUGUGUGGCGAAAUGGAAAAGAAGGCAUUACCUCCCGCGAUGUUCGUGCCAACGGCGCCUUGGCCAAAGGCCGUCGACAAUCUCCACCGGCCUACGCAUCCACUUACACAGACCAGUACGGAAAACAAGGCGCAAAGGCCGGGUGCUUCACUCGCUUCACGGAUAAGGCCACGACUCUGUUCAGCAAGAAAAAGGAGUCCGCCCGACCCGAAAUCAGCGCCCCUGUCAUCGAUGUUGAAAGAGGUCAUAGUGAAAAGGACCGUUUUAGUCCCGUCAUGCCGGGGCUUCGGCGACCUCCCACUGUCAUGCACCCGAUGCACAACAACACAGACUCUGGGAGCAGCAGUAUGUAUUCGGAUCUGUAUUCGGAUCCCGACCCGAAUCGGAUCUAA